UCCAUUCGCUAAACACGUGUUUAUUCUCACGAAAAGUCGACAAAUACUGUCAUCAGUUGUUCAACAGCUGUACAGAGGUCAGAGGUCAUGGGUUAAAUGUCAGCGCGCGCCCCGGGAACCCGCAGCUGAAAUUGCAAACACAAUCUCCGAGACGUCUCGGGGUUGGGAUUAUGUACGACAGUACCUCACACAAUACGUUAUAGCUCACGAAUGAUGCCAAGAAGCUUUACCAUGGGAGGAAAAUAUUCAUGAUAACAAAGACUGCGCUAUUUUAGUCGUGACCUCACAUCUCGGACAUUUUUUAGGCUCUGCGGUACCGUACGAAUGUCAGAAGAGAGGAAUGCAUGUGAUGUGACGAUGCUCUGAUUGUCAGUUCAGUGGGCGGAAUUUGCAAGACAACAGAUUUACAACAUAUACUAUAUGGCUGACCAUCUGUUGACGUGGUCCCCCGAGAAAAGAGCGACUAAUUGUAUUCUUCACAAAGAAUGCACUUGACGUGUGGGUCAUGCCUCUCUAACACGUGGACCUUAUGAUGCAACUCUCCAGGAAUAUCUUGACAGCCCAGAUUUUAGCCUGUUGACGCUGAAAGACGCAAAGAUCUUCAACAUGUUUCAAGUUGUUAGGACAACACAAUCUCUGUGCCGGCAGCAGACGUACUGUGUUUUGUGUGGACAACGGUCCAAACUGACCUACACCAACGGUCAGCUGCCCAAGUGUUUGUCGGUCAGUUCAGUGCAGAAACUCAAUGCCGGCCAGCGGUCAGACUUGCCUAAAGCAAAGACAGUUGUGGUGAAGCUUGGCAGUGCGGUAAUAACUCGCGAGGAUGAAUGCGGGAUAGCGCUUGGAAGACUGGCCUCAAUCGUAGAACAGGUUUCGGAGCUACAGAACCAGGGGAGACAAAUGCUGAUGGUGACGAGCGGUGCUGUUGCCUUCGGCAAGCAGAAACUACAGCAGGAGAUCAUCAUGUCGAUGAGCAUGAGGGAAACCCUCGUCAAACGGGAAAACAUUCGAGGUCAGCCAAUCCUGGAGCCGAGGGCGUGUGCCGCGGCGGGACAGAGUGGUCUCAUGUCGCUGUAUGAAGCCAUGUUUAUGCAGUAUGGAGUGCGGACAGCACAGGUCCUGGUGACGAAGCCCGACUUCUACAAUGAUGAGAGCCGCAAGAACCUCCGGAGUACGCUGAAUGAGCUUCUGAAGCUGAACAUCAUCCCCAUACUGAACGCUAACGAUGCAGUCGCGCCGCCUCCUGAACCAGACAAGGAUCUGGCGGGGGUACGUCAUCCUCCACAUAUCAUCAGUGUGAAGGACAACGACAGUCUGGCGGCGCGCCUCGCCGUGGAGAUCAGUGCUGACCUCAUGAUCAUCAUGUCAGACGUGAACGGCCUCUACACCUCUCCCCCCGGUCACCCAGAGUCCCGCCUUCUCCACACCUACUCACCCCUUUAUCCAGAAAAUGGACUCAUCUUUGGGGAGAAAUCUCGGGUUGGACUUGGUGGAAUGGAGUCAAAGGUGAAUGCAGCAACCUGGGCUCUGAAGCUGGGCGUCUCGGUGGUCAUCUGUAACGGUUGUGAGGAGAACGCUAUCGUCAACAUCGUCAAGGGCAAGCAAGUCGGGACAUUCUUCACCAUGGAGGAGAAUGUUGGAACUCCAGUGGAAGUGCAGGCUAUACAAGCGCGAGACGGGUCGAGGAAGCUCCAGGCUCUGACCAGUGGUCAGCGUGCGGCCAUAGUGAACCGCCUGGCAGACCUCCUGGUGGAGAAGAAGGUGGACAUCUUACAGGCCAACCAGCUGGACGUCAGGAAGGCCUACUCCGCAGGUCUGGCUUCUCCCCUGGUGUCGAGACUCAUCCUGAACGAGAACAAGCUGCAGGUCCUGGCCAAUGGACUGAGGAAGAUCGCAGAGGACUCGUUUUCCGCGGUGGGACGGGUCUUGCAGCGCACCCGCAUCGCUGAGGGCAUCGAGCUGGAGAAGAUCACUGUACCCAUCGGAGUUCUUAUGGUCAUAUUUGAAUCCCGACCAGACGCCCUGCCACAGGUGGCGGCCUUGGCUAUCUGUAGCGGUAACGGUCUGCUCCUGAAAGGAGGGAAGGAGGCCGUCAACAGCAACAAGAUGCUGCACUCCCUCGUCAUGGAUGCUCUCGAACCAUAUGUGCCAAGGGAGACAAUCUCAUUGAUCAGCCGCCGCGAGGACAUUGAGGACCUGCUCCACAUGAAUGACUACAUCGACCUGGUCAUCCCGCGCGGAUCUAGCGAGCUGAUCGAGAAGAUCCAGAAGUCAAGUCAGGGUAUCCCAGUCCUCGGACACAGCGAGGGCAUCUGUCAUGUGUACAUUGAUCAACACGCUAAUGCGGACAUGGCGAACAGAAUAGUUCACGACGCCAAGUGUGACUACCCCGCCGCCUGUAACGCCAUGGAAACACUCCUCCUGCACAAAUCACAUCUCUACACCCCGCUCUUUGACAAGAUCUUUGACACCUUCAAACAUGAAAAUGUGAAGAUUCAUGCUGGUCCCCGCCUCAGUCAGUCGCUGAAGUUCGGGCCGACCCCGGCCACAUCCAUGAAAACAGAGUACAGUGCCCUUGAGUGCACUGUUGAGGUCGUGGAGGACAUUGACGAGGCCAUCGCACACAUCAACAAGUUUGGCAGCUCCCACACUGAUGCAAUAGUCACUGAUGAUGACGAAGCAGCGAGUCACUUCAUGAGAAUGGUGGACAGUGCGUGUGUGUUCCACAAUGCCAGCACCAGGUUUGCAGAUGGAUACAGGUUCGGGCUGGGGGCCGAGGUAGGUAUCAGCACAUCACGUAUCCAUGCUCGGGGCCCUGUGGGCAUCGAGGGCCUGCUGACUACAAAAUGGCUGCUGUCAGGUUCAGGGGAGACUGUCGCAGACUUCGCACAAGGGAAAUUGCAAUAUCUUCACGAGAAACUUCCUCUCAAGGAGGAAAAUGGAAACGAUUUAGCAUCAGAGGCUAAUGCUUAAUAUGUAAAUGAAAUCGUCAUUCAAUGUUAAUCCACAAGAUGUCAGACAUACAAAUACUAUUUUCCAAGUUUAUGACUGAAUUAAUUGAUUUCCACAUUUUACCAUUGUGGUUUUAAUGAUGAAUAUAUAUUUUUAUUAAGAAUUAACUGAGCAUAGGGUUUUACGCAAUUUACAUGUAUGUUUUUUUAAUCAUAUAUUCCAUUAGGAUUUUUGGGUAAAAGAAGUAAAAAAUGAUCCAUUUUUGAGCUGACCGAAAUAGGAUGGAGGGUAAAAACAGCUUCCGUGAAUGAAUAGUACUUGUAUGCCCUUGUGGGAUUUUUUGUUAAGGUCUGCAUGGGCCUGCAGUUAACCCAUCCCGUUGUCAUACUUAAUGUGCAUUGCAUUAUUCUAUAGUACUCCACUUUUGAAAGGGAUACUUUCCAUGAUACACAAAAAUGAUAAUCAUAAUAUGUCAAGUGUACAUUUAAAUAGAAUGACGUAGCUGAUUAUCCUGAUUGAGUUGCAUAUCAUGCACAUCACACCAUUCGUGAAAGUGAAAAUGCAAAGACAACCAAGAGUACAGGUCAGCGGUGAGGAGAGGGAUUUGCUCUCAAGUUUUUUUAUUGUAUCAAUGUAGCUGGACAUCCUUAUCAAA